UUCUGACUUCUAUCACCUCGUCUAAUUCAUUCAAAAAACUUAAAAUUUUGUAUUUACUAGUUCAAACAAGUAUCGGAAAUGGCAGAGGAUUCCAAUCGAUUUCUUACAUCGAUAUCUUCAGGCGGAGGUUACAGUCAGGUGAAGCAAGAACAAUAUACGCUAUACUUGCGUAAACUUCACAAAGAAUUUCUAGAGAUAUGGAACGAAACUCCCGAAACGACUGCGAAAAUAUCUGAUUUCGAGAAAUAUAAAGUUUUAGGUACAGGAGCAUUCGGUAUAGUUUAUUUGGCUAAACAUGUUACCACCGGAAGAUAUUAUGCUAUGAAAAUGCUCGAAAAAGAAAAGAUUGUCAAAUUAAAACAAGUCGAACACAGUUUUUAUGAAAAGAAAAUAUUAUGUGGACUCAAUUUCCCCUUCGUUGUAUACAUGAAAUACUUUUUUAAAGACAACGUAUACCUUUAUUAUAUUCUACCAUUUAUUCCGGGAGGUGAAAUGUUUUCUCAUUUACGUAAAUUGGGAAAAUUCGAAGAGACUACGUCAAAAUUUUACGGCGCUCAAGUAAUUUUAGCUCUAGAAUAUCUUCACGCUUUAGAUUUAGUUUAUCGUGAUUUAAAACCGGAGAAUAUAUUGAUAGAUCGACACGGAUAUAUUAAGAUAACAGACUUUGGUUUUUGUAAGCUUAUCCACGGUAGAACUUGGACACUGUGCGGCACUCCAGAAUAUUUGGCUCCCGAAAUCAUUUUAAGCAAGGGUUAUGGGGCCACUGUAGACUGGUGGUCGACGGGCGUUCUGCUUUUUGAAAUGAGUGCUGGUUAUCCACCAUUUUUUGCCUCAGAUCCAAUGAGAAUUUAUGAGAAAAUCGUUGCAGGAAAAUAUCGAUGUCCCAGCCAUUUCACAAUGGAAUUGAAAGAUCUUAUAUCGCAUGUUCUUCAAGUCGAUGUUACGAGACGUUAUGGUAAUCUAAAAAACGGAGUGUUAGAUUUUAAAAAUCAUAAAUGGUUUAAAGAAAUCGACUGGGAUGCACUUUUGAACAUGCGUCUUCAACCACCGUUUAUACCGAAGGUUAAACAUCCUGGAGACACAACAAACUUUGAAGUUUUCGAGGAAGAAAAAAUUAAAGAAAGUCCAAUUAACUUGUUUGAGGACGAAUUUGCUAACUUUUAAAAUAACUACUUUACCGUUUAUAUAAACAGCUACUAAGAAUACGCAAAUAGUUAAGUUAGAACGAUAAGAAGUCACAAAGUAUUUUAAGUUAUUAUUAUUUAAACUAUGUUAUGUCUUUCAAAUAUUAAUUUACCGCAAUUUUUUCACGUAAUAAUUUAAGACAAGAAUGAGUUCUUUAUUUUUUCAAGCCAGGUAUGGAUAAAAUAUAACGCUUGGGUCUACAUAUAUUUAUGAUAGCUCGUACGUCUUAAUUUGUGCGUUACGAAAUGCACGAAAUAAACCAUUUGUAUUG